AUGAAGGCUGUAAUUUUUGCUGCCGCCGCGCUGCUCGCCGUUUGCACUCCGACUUCCGCGAAACAAUGUAACGUCAACCCGGUCAACAUCCCGAAGACAUGGAUCACGAUGCACCAGAGCUGCCGCUCCAGCAUGCGCCGCCAGAUCCAGAUGGAGGUGGCAGCCUCAAUGCAGUACCUCGCGAUGGGCGCCCACUUCUCUAGAGACGGGAUCAACCGGCCAGGUUUCGCCAAGCUGUUCUUCGACGCCGGCUCCGAGGAGAGGGAGCACGCAAUGAAGCUGAUCGACUACCUGCUGAUGCGAGGUGAACUCGACACGGACGUGACGUCACUCAUCCAGAUCCGGUCCCCCGAGCGCAAGUCAUGGGAGAGCGGCGUUGACGCGCUGGAGCACGCCCUGAAGAUGGAGACAGAGGUCACUAAGAGCAUCCGCUCGGUCAUCAUCGCCUGCGAGGCGGAUCCCAACGACUACCACCUGGUAGACUACUUGACCGGCGAGUUCCUGGAGGAGCAGUACAAGGGACAACGCGACCUCGCCGGCAAAGCGUCCACUCUCAAGAAGAUGAUGGACCGCCACUCCUCCCUCGGGGAGUUCCUCUUCGACAAGAAGCUGCUCGGCAUGGACAUC